UCUCCUUUUCUCAGCCAUCGCCGCUGUGCGAACGUGGCCGGUGUUCGCCAUGUCUUCCCACAAGACGUUUAGGAUCAAGCGGUUCCUGGCCAAGAAACAAAAACAGAACCGGCCCAUUCCUCAAUGGAUUCGGAUGAAAACUGGUAAUAAGAUCAGGUACAAUUCCAAGAGGCGGCACUGGAGAAGAACGAAGCUGGGUCUGUAAGGAAUUCCACGAGACACGCAUGUGCACAUAUGAGCCUACAG